AUGUCAAGCUCAAUCAAGGAGGCAAUGGCCAAAUACCCACGGCCGCCUCCUCGACCCCCAGAGAAACCGAAACGCGAUCUCCAAAGCCGAAAGGUCAUCUUCUUCACCCUCGACACCCUCUUCAACCGUAACCGUGCGAUCGAGUGCGCUCUCGAGAGAUGCAGACAAAUCAACCCAGACCUUGCAAGCAAAACCUUGGAAGAGCUGAAGCGAGGGUAUCGCGAUGCCAUGGCUGAGGCGUAUCGACGGCUCAUUCACACCCGGCUUCACGGGUCAGGUCCCGCAGGCCUUCCUCUGAACAGUACUCCUCAUGUUUUGAACGAUAAAGUCGGCAUGAUGUUCCAGCAGCUCAACCUCAACCCGCCGUCCGCUAGUGAACGUAAACGGAUCGGCGGUGAGUUCGGCGCUGCUUUCAACCGCAACCGAUUUGAGACUUACGGCGCUUCUCAGGCUCUGCUACAGUUGAGGCAUCUGGAGUAUACCAUCGUUGUCGUCGAUGAUGCUCUUGACUGGGAUGUUGUGAAAGAUCUCAACUUUUGGCUGUAUAUCGAUACCAAGGUCAUUUCAGAAGAGCUCGUGGUGCGCAAGCCUGAUCCUCGCGUGUUUCAAAAGGCGUUGGAUGCAUACGGUAUUUCUCCGAAGAAUGCUGUCAUCGUUGGGUGUUCGAUAGAGGAGGACAUAGCUGGUAUCCUUAAUGCUGGCGCAGAGCCAAUCUUGUACAUGCCAGGCUAUCAUCACACGACUAUGGAUUUCGUAGGUACCCGUGUUGUGGUUCCUCGUACUAUGGAUGAGCUAUUGUCGGAGAUGAAACGUCGACCUGAAAAUAGCCAUCUUCUCCCGGUGCAACAACAACAACAACAACAGGUACCUCCUGUACCUUACCCAAUCCACCCACAAAUGGUAUACGCCCCACAGAACCAGGGGCAUUCGAAUAAUCAGAACCAACAACCGUCAAGACAGUCUCAAUAUCCACCAUCUAAUCCAAAGUCUGAUGAAGUUGGGCAUGCGGGCCAAUCUCGGAAGAGACCUCGACCCUCUCAUUUCCUAUUCCAGCCAGGCCCUAGAGAUGAGACUCCACGGAAUUACAGGCUGCCAGAUCGUGGCCACUCAACUAGGGACUACGAAAGGAAUGUACGUCCGACACCUCCCUUGAGUCCCAGUACCUCGACGCGGACUUAUUUGCCCCGGGCGCCAACACCGGCCAGAGAACUCGAGAGACCAAAUGGUGACGGUUCCGAUAGGUCCUACCCUGCAAACAGUCCGCUCGCCCAUAGACCUCGGAGCCCAUCACCACCACGGACGCUACCUCCGAUGAGAAUGUAUCCGCCCACCGAAGACUGUGUGAUUUCUAGGCCAACGAACGUCGAGAAUCUGUAUCAGCCACGCUCUCCGAAUGAGGGAUAUGGGCAUGGGACUUCGAGGGAUAGGCACACUACGCAAGGCGGGUAUUCACCUCCACCUCCUCCUAUAAGUCCGUAUCAAUCACCAACCCCAAAUCGCGGCCAGUAUCGGGACCAGGGACGCUCUCAGCAAGAUUCCGAUCGCAAUGAGACUUCGGGGAACGGGAACCCUACCCAAGGCGGAUAUUCGCCUGAAACUCCAAUCCCGUAUCGAACCUCCAGCCUCUGCAACGCCGGGCAUCAUGACACGGUCGCUGGACCCUCAGGCCAGCAUCGGAGGACAUCUCGAGAGCUCAGGGAAAUUGCUCAAAGCAUGCUUGAUCUGAGUCGAGGCCAUCCACGAGUUUCUGUCGACGGAGUGCCCGAAGGUGGCGAGGACGAGUGCCGACAGUAG